UCAAAAUGUCAUAAUAAAUGUCAACAACAACAAACCAAAAAAAUUUAUGUCAAAUUGUAUCAAAUAAUGAUAAAAUGUCAAAAAACUUGUACUUGACAAAACCAUUUAUUUUUUCUUGAUUAUUAUUUAUUUAUUAUAAAUAAAUAACUCUUUUUUUAUUCAAUAACGAGUAAAAAAAAAAUAUAUAAACAAAUGUAAACAUUGACCUAGCUACCUAAAAAACAAUUUUUAAUUUUAAAAAAUGGAUAUUACAUUUGAAGAUCGGCUAAGUGCACUUCAACAAAUUAGCCAAAGAAAAUUGGUGGAUAUAUUGGAUUCAAUAAGAGGAAAAAAAGAUUUAAUAAUUGAACAAAAAUUAAUGAAACCACUUGAUUCAUUUAUUGGAGCAUCUAUACUAAAGAGACAUGGAGUUGAUAAAAUAUUUAAACUAGAACCAGGUUUAAAACCAGUUAAUUUACAACGUAUAUUUUUAACAUCAUGUGAUUUAAUAUCAUGCAAAAGAGUACUUGAUCAAAUACAUGCUGAGUUAUCACAAAAUCAGGCACUUGAUUUUCAUAUAUUAAUAACACCAUUUGUUCCUCCAAUUAUUCUAACACUAAUUGAAGAAGAAGGUCUAGCUGAUAUGUUAUCAGUACGUCCAAUAACCUGGGAAUUAAUUCAAAUUGAUGGCAAUAUAUUGAGCUUAGAAUUACCAAUAUUUUGUGAUUUAUAUUACCACAAUGAUUCAUCAUUACUUCCAGCAUUAUCAAGAAGUCUUUGGUCACUUCAAAUGAUCAUUGGUUGGCCAAAACUUGUUUUAACAUUUGGCAAACAUAGUGAAAAUUUAUCAAGUAUGAUUGAUACAAUGAGAGAAAAUGCUAAAACAGUUUGUCCUGAUAAUGAAAUUGGUGCAAUUAUAAUAAUGGAUAGAAGUUAUGAUUUUGUAUCAACAUUAUUAACUCCAGUAUCAUAUGUUGGACUUUUAAGUGAAGUUAUUCCAAUAAGUAUAUCAACUGCUAAUUUAGAAGGUUCAAAUAUUAAAUUAGAUCCUAAAAAUGAUCAAGUUUAUCAAGACAUCAGAGAUAUUCAUUUUAGUGAUGUUUUUCCAAAGCUAAAAAAUAUGGCUAAAACACUUAAAUCUGAACAAGAAUCAACACAAACAAUGAAAUUAGAAGAAAUGGGAAGAUAUAUUGCAACAAAAUUACAAAAAACAACUGAAGUUAAAAAACAACUUGCUGCACAUAUAACAAUUUGUGAAGCAAUUGUCAAUGAACUUGGAACAGAAUUUGAAUCUUUACAAGCAAUUGAAAAAUCAAUAUUAGAUUGUACUAAAAGAAAAGAAUGUUUAGAUUAUAUUGAACGUAAUAUUGAUGAUAAUCCAAUGAGAAGUUUACGUUUAUUAUGUUUAUUAUCAAUAACAAGUGAUGGUUUAAUGCCAAGUGAACUUAAAAUUAUUCAAAAAUCAUAUUUACAUGCUCAUGGUUAUCAUCAUAUAUCUCUAUUUCAUAAACUUGAAAGAAUUGGCUUUUUAAAACAAAAAAAAGAAAAUAUAUUACGUAAAUUACCAAAUUGGAAAAGUGAAUGGACAAAUAGUGCUCAACGUAUGAAACUCAUACCAAAUCAAAAUAAAAAAAAUGAUGAAAAAUUAAUAACUUGUCCUAGUUAUGUUUACAGUGGAGCAUAUAUUCCUGCAAUUGCACAAUUUUUAAAUAUUGCUGUUGGACAUUCAAGUGAUCCAAAAAGUUUUGAAGAAAUGAUUUCACUACCUGAAUGUCGAUCAAAUAGACAAAAGCCAAUUGUUCAACAAAAAACAGUGAUAGUAUGUGUAAUUGGUGGUUUAACAUUUGGAGAAAUAUCAGCAUGUCGUCUCAUUGAAAAAUCCACUGGAUCAAAAAUUGUUCUAGUAUCUGAUUGUCUUUUGACUGGAAGUAAUCUCAUGAAAUACGUACAAGAUACAUAA